CCGCUGCAGCGUCGCGCUUUCCUGUUUACGAGCGGGAAGAGCGAACGGAGCUGCACCGUGCAGACCUCAGGGGCUCAGAACCGCAUGAACGUUUGUUUUUAACCGUCUAUUAGAGCUCCAGGCUACAUGUUUUAAUGAACCGUUGCACACUGUGGGGAGUUGUAGAUAGGUUUUAGGUUGAGCACUUAGAAAUAAAAGGUGUAUUUUGGAACGGAGCGGGACAGAUGGAGGAUCCUCCUGCAGAUUCUAGCGGCGGUGCAGCAGCGACGGCAGCCGCCGCGGAGGACCAGGGCCCCGCGGCACAGGUGGCGGACAUGCGCUGGUCGAGCGCGGGUCUUCCGCUCCGGCUUCUGGAGUGGAAAGUAAAGCCGGGGACUCUGGUUAACGUGGACUCGGUUCUCGCGUUAUGUGCUCCCGUAGCCCAGGAUAAGGAGACGGGGGCUGCCGUUAGGCUGGCGGAGAAGAAGGUGAAAUCAGACCGUUCUGGAGUAGUGAAGGAGUUAUGCUGUCAACCCGGACAAAUCAUUCCUCCCGGAGGCGUCAUCGUCAGAAUGGAAGAAUGCAGCCAUCCCAUCGUCAUGAAGGGUUUGUGCGCCGAGUGCGGCCAGGAUCUAACUCAGCUCCAGGGGACGAACGGCAACCAGCAGAGUCCCAUCUCCACAGCAACCGUCUCCAUGGUGCACAGCGUCCCUGAGCUGAUGGUCAGCUCCGAGCAAGCCAAGCAGCUGGCCCAGGAGGACCAGCAGAGGCUGCACCGGAACAAGAAGCUGGUCCUCAUGGUGGAUCUGGACCAGACCCUGAUCCACACCACUGAGCAGCACUGCCAGCGCAUGUCCAAUAAGGGUAUUUUCCACUUCCAGCUCGGUCGGGGAGAACCUAUGCUGCACACGCGGCUGAGGCCGCACUGCAAGGAAUUCCUGGAGAAAAUCGCCAAACUCUACGAGCUGCACGUCUUUACGUUCGGGAGCCGCCUGUAUGCGCACACCAUCGCCGGCUUCUUGGAUCCGGAAAAGAAACUUUUCUCCCACAGGAUCCUUUCUAGAGAUGAAUGCAUAGAUCCGUUCUCCAAGACGGGGAAUCUUAGGAACCUGUUUCCCUGCGGCGACUCCAUGGUCUGCAUCAUCGACGACCGCGAGGACGUGUGGAAGUUUGCGCCAAACCUCAUCACUGUGAAGAAAUACAUCUACUUCCAGGGCACCGGAGACAUCAACGCCCCGCCGGGGUCACGGGAAGCUCAGCUGGCCAGGAAAGGAGCCCCUCAGAGUCGAACAACAGAGAGCGCAGAACACGUGGAGGCGAUUGGUGCUGAGGAGAAAAACAACGGCGUCAAGAAACGGUCCAAGGAGGCCAGUGUUUCAGGGAAGGAAGAGCUUUCCUUACCUUCUCAGGAAGGAGCUGCUAGCGAAAGGACAGGUGGUGGGGGGGCGGCGGCUGAGGCGGAGGAGGCGGAGUCAGAGGCCGGUCAGACUGCUUUAGAGUCUGGGCUGAAAUCAGAGAACACUCAGGGGGAGGAGAAGAAGGAUGCUAAAGAUGCUGAUGGAAACAGGAAAGAGGAGGCAGAGGGAGGCACGAACUCGUCCGCACCGAGUCACGAGUCCAAUAACCUAGACUUUGAACUCUCUAGUGACAGCAACAGUGACUCGGAAACAGAAAAGCCGUCCUCACCGGGCGACGCGAGUCAGAGCAGGACUGGCACCACAGGGGAUUCUAAACAGGAAGGAGAUUCACAGCAGGACGCAGACGCUAAAGGUUCCAACAGCUCGGAGUCGGCACUUCCAGACCCCGAGCUGGAAAACGGCGAGAGGAGAGAGCCGGAAACCGAGUCCCAGAACAGCGAACAGUCCGGAGUCACGGUGGGAGAGGAGCUACUUGACCAGAGCAUGGAAGAUGAGGACGAAGAGGAAGCCGACAACGACCAUGACGACCACCUCAUCUACCUGGAGGAGGUCCUGGAACGGAUCCACGCGGAGUACUUCGCCCGCUACGAGACCUACCUGAGGAAGGAGACGUCGGAAAUGCCGGACAUCCGCAGGAUUGUCCCGGAGCUGAAGAGCAAGACGCUGGAGGGCUCCACGGUGGUUUUCAGCGGGCUGUACCCCACCAACUACCCCAUGGAGAGGACCAGGGAGUACUACCACGCUAAAGCCCUGGGGGCCAGAAUCGGCAAGAGUCUGAUUCUCAACUCCAAGGACCCCAACCGGACCACACAUCUGGUGGCAGCGAGGGCAGGAACGGAGAAGGUACGGCAAGCGCAAGGUUGCAAGCACCUCCACGUGGUCAACCCCGACUGGCUAUGGAGCUGCCUGGAGCGCUGGGAGCGGGUGGACGAGCAGCUGUACCCUUUAAAGGAGGAUUUCUCCAGGACGCCACGGAGCAGCAGUCCGGCCGCUUUCCUCGACAAUCAGGGCUCCCUGCAAGCGGUUUUCCAGCCAGCUCCCGUCCAUCCCAGGCCUCGAGGGGCGCCUCCAGAGGUCAGAACGUACGACUCUGUGACGGGAAAGCUCAUCCGCAGGGACCCUCAGACAGGGCGUCCCUCAGCCUACCCGCAGCCGCCAGGCCCCCAGUCAGGCCUCAGGGGAACCGCGCAGAGUCGGCAGAACGAGGCGUCAGGAUCCGGCCGAGACGAUGAGCAGCCGGGACCCUCCCGCAGGAAAAGGCAGCCGAGCAUGUCGGAAAGCAUGCCUCUGUACACGCUCUGCAAGGAGGACCUGGACAGCAUGGACAAGGAGGUGGACGACAUCUUAGGAGAGGAGAGCGACAACGAGAGUGACGGCCGCGGGAAGGAGAAGCCGGGGAAUGAGGAUAUUGCUGAGGAAGAGGAGGAGGAUGAGCAGCGGCCUGGAGCUGGAGAGACGACAGCGCAGGGACCCGGCCCUGAGGCACAAAGUGUGGAGGAGAGACUUCAGAUGCCACCCAGUGACUCCAGUUUGUGCCAGAAUGCCCCCAGGGGCCACAAACGGAAACACGAAGAAGCCAGAACGGACGACGACGACACUGACAAGGAGGAGAACAAGCAGGACUCUGCUGACGAGUCCUCUAAAGACUCCAACGAGGAAGAGGAAGGCAGCAGCUCGGAAGCAGACGAGAUGGCCGCCGCCUUGGAGGCGGAGCUAAACGAUUUCAUGUGACAAGGAAAUGGCAGAUUGAUGAACAUUAAAGCCGACCCAUGGCCUACGUCACAUGUGGUACUCUGACUUUUCUUUGUGUUGGUGUGGUUGAGAUGUGAGCGCGAUGAAAUAUGUGGUAUUAAAACCUGAAUGUCCUGUACAGAACCAGCACCUUUCUGCAUAAAUCAAAAAUUGGACUUUUGUAGUAUUGAUAUAUAUAGAGAUAUAUAAAUAGCCAUUUUUGGCAUAAUUCCUUUGAUGUUGACAUUUUAUUGUGAGGUAAAAAAAACUCUAGGAGACAUGAAAUUUGAUACUUAUUGUGUUGUUUUUCUAUUUGAAUUUUUAUAUUGAUGAAAAGAUGAAUAAAAAACAUAAGUGUAUAUUUUGCUGACGGUUCUUGCCAAAGAGUCUGAAAUGGGUUUGCAAAGUUGUGCAGCUAAACAUUUUAUUCUGGACUUCCACUUUUUAAUGUUUUGUUGUUGUUUUUUUGUCUCCUCUGCAGGUUUUUAGGGUCAAAGCGACUAGUUUAUCCAGACAUUUGAAUGUGUUGUCUUUUUUUUUCCUUUGGUUGGUUCAUUUUUUUUUGUUGUUGUUUGUACAUUUUGUAAACGUUUGUGUGCUAACAAAAUUUUCAGUUAAUGAUAAAUUAAAGAUGGCAUCCCAGUGCCAGAAUGUGAAUUCGUCUUCACCGGUUCUGAUUUGAUUUUUGAGGCGAUCAGAAUCCAAUUUUUUUUUAUUUUUUUUGCGUAGAAAUUUUUAAUUCAUCAGAAAAUAAUAUUAAUUUUAAGAGGAUUUUCACUCAUCUCCAAAAAUGCAUUAAAGCACAUCCUGUUGGUUGAUGCAUUUCAUAACCAAAAGUCUUUCAUUUUGAUGCUUUUAAAAAUUGGGAAGAAAUUUAUAGAUUUUCCAGUAACUUCCCUGCUUAAAGUUGGACAAUUUAUUGGCUUCCUCAUGCUCUCCUCUACACAUCAGGCAACAAUCUGUUAUACUCUAGAAUUUUUUGCCCAUUAAUGACUAGUGGAGCAUCAAAACUAAUUUUAUAAGCAAACACAGAUUUUUUUUUUUGGUCAUCUGCAACUUGCAGUGAACUACUGCCAUAAAACCAAUGCAAAGUCUGUUUCACAUUAAAUGUAUUUCUUUUAAGAACAAAUGCAAUGAUGAGGCUUUUCCCAGACAGCAGGGAUUCCUGUUCUCUAUAAGGUCUGAGCUGAUGUUGUCAACACUGACCGAUUAAAAUGCUGAGGCGAUCUGUGAAUAAAGCAGCAGGUGAAAAUGACACCUGCGUUUUUCUGCUAAGAACUAUGAGAGAUAAAAACGGUUCUACGCUAUUUUUAAGAAUCCAAAAUGUCUGCAUGUUUCAUAAACAGGAGGCAAAAACAGACUGGUAUAAAACAACAGUGUGUGUGUAGUAGGGGUGUCCAAAAUCUGAUUCAUCUCAUAGUAUUGAGUUCACUCUCAUUUCAUUUAGAAAGCAUAUUUUAUUUUUUUCCCUAAGAAUUCUAAUUUUAAUCUUUGAGUCCCCUAAAAGUUAGAUUUUCAUCUGAAGAGGCUAUUGAAUAAUAAAUAAAAAUUAAAAAAUCUCAGAAUUCUAACUUUGAUUUUCAAAAAUCUUUCUUUGAUUCAGAAUUUUUCCCCCUUCAAUUAGAGUGUA